CUUUCGCAUUAGUUUCCAGAAAGUAAUUGCGCAGCAAACACGAACGAAAUGCCCAUCGACACGGGAGAGUUAAUAAAGGCUUUGGCCAUAUUGGCUGAUCGUCGCGGCGUUCAAGUGACAUUCAAAGAGUCGGCAAAGGGCGCAGCCAUUUGUGCAGCUGCCGCAUUAAUGGGCGGACUACUUGGUGGCCCACGCGGCCUUGCCCUGGGUGGCGCUAUUGGUAGCAUCGCAGCCUACGGCUUGACCGAAGGAAAAUUCAAGUCCUUGGGUGAAAUAAUUUUGGAAGAUUUGACGGAGAGUCAGCGGAUCGAACUGAAGGAGCAUGUGACCAAUGCUAUGGCCAAUAUCGGCUAUUCGGAUGUGCUGAAUAUUGGAGCUCUACUCUUGAGCAAUGGACGUGUACAAGAUGUGGCAUUCAAUGUGCUUAAAUCAUUCGCCACCGAGCAGCUGGGACUAACCAUCGUCAACUGAGCAGCUCUGCAAAUGUUUUUCAUACAAAUAAAAGCAUUUACGCGCAAGUUCUUCUAAAAGGUAA